AACUUCCGGGAAGGGCUUACUUCCAAGACAGACACGGAAGUGCUGGGAGGCGCCGGGAGCCGUUUCGGUUGCGGGUGUCUCUGGCCCUGCGGUCAGCCCUGGGAACGUCCCGGAGAGCUAGAUUCCUAGAGGCCCGAUUCCGCUAGCCCGGAACAGGCAAAGCCAGCGCUCCCGCCCGCUCCCCGACUUAGGCUCCGAUGCCGGCAGCGUCCUGGGGCCCCCGUAGCGGGGCUGGACCAUGAGCCUGCUGGACGGCCUCGCCUCCUCGCCGCGGGCUCCGCUGCAGUCCAGCAAGGCCAGGAUGAAAAAGCUCCCGAAGAAGAGCCAGAAUGAGAAGUACCGGCUGAAGUACCUGCGGCUGCGCAAAGCGGCCAAGGCCACGGUGUUUGAAAAUGCUGCUAUUUGUGAUGAAAUUGCUCGUCUUGAGGAAAAAUUUCUUAAAGCAAAAGAAGAAAGAAGGUACUUGCUAAAGAAGCUCCUCCAGCUUCAGGCUCUAACUGAAGGGGAAGUACAGGCUGCAGCUCCUUCCCACAGUUCCAGUUUGCCCCUGACUUAUGGUGUGGCCAGCUCUGUGGGUACUAUACAGGCAGCUGGGCCUAUUUCAGGGCCCAGCACUGGGGCUGAGGAACCAUUUGGGAAGAAAACUAAGAAGGAGAAAAAAGAAAAAGGCAAAGAGAACAACAAACUGGAAGUUCUGAAGAAAACAUGCAAGAAAAAGAAAAUGGAGGGAGGUGCUCGCAAGCUGGUUCAGCCCAUUGCCCUGGAUCCCUCAGGACGGCCUGUGUUCCCCAUCGGACUAGGGGGUCUAACAGUAUAUAGCCUGGGGGAGAUCAUCACCGACCGACCUGGCUUUCAUGAUGAGAGUGCCAUCUACCCCGUGGGCUACUGCAGUACUCGAAUAUAUGCCAGCAUGAAGUGCCCAGACCAGAAGUGUCUAUAUACCUGUCAGAUCAAGGAUGGUGGUGUGCAGCCUCAGUUUGAAAUUGUUCCUGAAGAUGACCCCCAGAAUGCCAUUGUCAGCUCUUCUGCAGAUGCUUGUCAUGCAGAACUGCUCAGGACUAUAAGCGCUACUAUGGGGAAACUAAUGCCUAACCUGCUUCCAGCUGGAGCUGACUUUUUUGGAUUUUCUCAUCCAGCCAUCCACAACCUGAUCCAGAGCUGUCCAGGAGCUCGAAAAUGCAUCAAUUACCAGUGGGUGAAAUUUGAUGUGUGCAAACCUGGAGAUGGGCAGCUACCUGAGGGGCUGCCGGAGAAUGAUGCAGCUAUGAGCUUUGAAGCCUUUCAGAGACAGAUCUUUGAUGAAGAUCAGAAUGAUCCCCUUCUGCCAGGAUCCUUGGACCUCCCAGAGUUUCAGCCUGCAGCCUUUGUGUCUUCUUACCAGCCCAUGUACCUGACACAUGAACCCUUGGUAGAUACUCACCUGCAGCACUUGAAGUCUCCAUCACAGGGUAGCCCAAUUCAGUCUUCAGAUUGAACAAGAAGGGAUCAGAUGCCACAUCAUUUUUGUCGUGAUUAAUUUAACUUAAACUAAAAUUUGGGGUACAUGAAAGAAGGUAGCAAUUCAGAAGUAAAGAAGAUAUUAACAUAUUUCAUCAUGGAGGGUCCUGUGGUGAUGGUUUUCCCUGGGAAAAACUUCAGCUGCUUUAUUUUUAGUAAUAAAUUUCUCUUGUCAAUUCUGUUUA